GCUCUGAGCCACAGCUGGGUUUUGCUGAAUCAGAGUAAAGUGAGCACACGCACCAACCUGUUAGAUGUCACUUCAUCCAACCACGAACCCGGAGAGAGGAGGAAAACCCGAAAACAGAACGGAAUUUCAAAGGAAUACCUGCCGUUCCGAGUAUCCAAGACAACAGUAUAGUCGAAUAGCCUAUAGAUCACAGGGCGAUCCAUCGCAGUGGAUAGUAUAAGCAUCCAAGACUUCAUCUGGGGCUCCUUUCUGCGUCGACACAACUGAAGCCAUUCUCUUAUUUGAUCGGAGAUUUGAAGAGUCUGAAGAUGCAAGGAUUAAAGUAUUCCAGCUGGACAAGGAUGACGACUCCGCUGUUACUGGCGCUGCUCGUUCUGACCCAGCAGGUGGUCUCCUGUCCGUUCCACCGUGCGGUGUCACCCUCUCCUGGAUCUGACGAUGGUCCCGGGGCCCUGGAGGUGGAACGGGCUCCUGUCCUGCGAAGGGUGGCCCGUAUGACGCCCCUCUGGAGGCUGAUGAACAGCAAGCCCCUGGGGGCCUACUGUCAUAGCAACUACGAGUGCUCCACGGGACUCUGCAGGGCUGGUCACUGCUCCACAACCCAUCGGGCUUUGAAGGAACCAGCAAAGUACUAGAGAAUGUUCUCAAAGUGACCUAACAUCAAGCCAUAAUCUGCUCUUUAUAAAGCUUCCAACCAAGACCUUCUCAGGAUUCUCUUUUCGAUAACCAGCAUAUACGUGGCUCGUAGCCUCAGACCCCGUAUGCAAAUACUUGAACAUUAGUGAUUAGUAUGUUGAUUUUCUAUGAUCGGGUACUAUCUAUUAGCACAGGAUGUAUCUGAUUGGGCGAUUAGAAAUUCUAAACUGUGAUGAUUGGUUGAAAACAAGGAAUUGGGGACACUGAUUGGCGUCGGUCGGACACGAGAUUAGAGAGGGAGAUUUCUCCACUGUGCUUAAUUUUGAAGCCUUGAACUGGUCUCUUCCAUAACUAGGUCAAAGUGCCAUCAUGGCACGAAUUACAUUCCUGUAAUCGGUUAGCUAGAUUAGUUAGGACACAACACGUUUUGUGUUCUAGAAAACUAAUAUUAUUACGAUUAUUACGAUAAUCGUCCACUCACAUUAAAAUCCAUUUCCUAUUUGUGUGUAUCUGGGAGGGGGUGGGGGGAGGUGGGAGAGGUGGGUCAGAGUUCAGCCUCAAAUCAGUGCCUCCUUGGUUUGAGGUUGCUAAACGCAAACUAGCUGGGCUAACUAAAGAGGUGAGGGGUAAAAAGGCCAGGAGAGAGAGGGGGGGAGAGAGAGAGAGAGGGAGAGAGAGGGAGAGAGAGGGAGAGAGAGAGGGAGAGAGAGAGAGAGAGAGAGAGAGUCCAGAAAUGGAGCAAAGGUUACAUUUAUCAAACCCUUGUGUGUGACCACCUUGACACGUCUCUGUGAAUGUGUUGGUGCUUGUGGUUCGUACAUUUUUAUCUUCCUUGUUUUUUAUUUAGUGAAUAGAAACACAGAUUCAUUCUCUGUGUAAAGUGGAAUGAAAUAGCGACCAACUGACAUGCGCGCUUCCAAUUGUCCAGCGUUUCUAUUUAUUUUGAUACAAAAAUGCACCAACUUGACUUUUUGUUUGUAGUUUGAAUCAAAUGUCGUCCUCAAUUUCCUUCCUUGUCAGCUGACCAAAGAUUUAAGUUUUGUCAAGAAUCCUCUCUACGUCAGGUUAGCCAAACUUUCAAUGUUAACCAGAAAUUGUAACUUCUUGAUACGUUUAUUGUUUUGCCUGAGUACAAAAACGGACAAACACUUUUUUGCACAACUUAUAGUCACGUUUCUAAAUACUCAAGAUCAGAUGAGAUCUCUCUGUUCCAAGCACGCAUCCGGGCCCUCAUGGCCAUCGGGGAAGUCGCUCAUUAGUUUUGUGCACCUUUUUUUAUGUGAAAUCUUUGACUUUGACAAAUCAAAUUAUCAAUGUACUGUGGACCAUCAGUGUACUGUGUAUUGUAUGUGUAGACAAAUGGAAACCGGGGUUAUUAAAGUUGAAUAUAUAUAUAUAUAUAUAUAUAUAUAUAUAUAUAUAUAUAU